ACAGAAGUCCCUCCGCGCCCCCGGCCCCCAGCGGGAUGAGUCUCACAAGCGCACAGUCUUCCAGUGCGUCGCUAAGCCAAACAGAGGCGACCUUCGACUUCAGCACAAUGAACCCCAAUAGAGCUCCGCCCCCGCGACCAGCCUCGCCGCCAAAGUGCAGUCCGUAUAAUUCGCAAAGCAGUCUGGCCACGUACAAGACAGCACCACACAUCGCAGGUGAGUACUCCAUCCAAGGUCUGACUAGCACUAGCACCCUACAUCAGUUGUGGGAUGCAUUCAGGUACCUAUUUCUCGCACGCCGAAUGAUCUUGGUUCACGAUAUACCUGUUACGAGGGCCAUCACUGACCUGUGGUCAGGGCAGGCAACCGUGCUCACGAAACAGCUGUGCGAGCUUUCAAGCACGGGCACCAGAAAUCCCAAACCCUAA